AUGGAACUUACACCCGAACAGUUGGCCGAACUUCAACGUUGGUUCGACGGUUGGAAUAUCAAUAUCUUUGGAAAACGAAGCACAAUAGAACUCACACCCGAACAGUUGGCUGAACUUCAACGUUGGUUCGACGGCUGGAAUAUUAAUAUUUUUGGAAAACGAGGCGUAAAUGAACUCACACCCGAAGAGUUGGCCGAACUUCAACGUCGGCUCGUGAGUUUUAUUCAGGAUAUAUUAGACAGAGGGAACGUUGUUGAUGCCAAAAAUCGGUGGUUUCAGAAUUGGACGGUCAAUCAAGGAUCAGAGAGCGUAUCGCUUUCUGGGUUGGAUGCAGUGGGUAGCCUCAUGAACAUACUAAAUGGAUUAUUGAGUCAACCGAAGUCACGAUGGUUUCAAAAUUGGACGUUCAAUCAAGGAUCCCAGAGCACAUCGCUCUCUGGUGUGGAGGCUGUGAGCAACCUCAUGAACAUACUUAAUGGAGUAUUGAAUCAACCGAAGUCACGAUGGUUUCAGAACUGGACCUUCAAUCCGGGACCACUUAGUAAUAUUUUAUCUGGCUUAACCUCAAACCCCAAAGUGUUGCAGCAAAUCAGUGAGGUCAUCAACAACCAUUCAAACGAAUUGGAUGGAAAUCUGAGCCACGAGGAGAAAGUUGCAGUUUAAUCGUAAGUAGGUCAUAUGUUGCCAUUCUUUUAGAAUUGAAUUGGAUUUUGUAUGCUUUCAGGUAUCUCACAUUCGGUCAAUAACAGUAUGAACCAUGGAAAUCAUAAAAAAAUUUAGUGAAACUAAUGGAUAAUGAAAUUUUUCUGUCGUGCUUUUUUUGUAUUUUCGUGUGUAAUACUGGAUGAGUAAUCGAUGGAUCUAUUGAACAGAUACGAAUAAAGAUUAAAACAUCACAUUGAGUAGAUAUUUUUACGUGCUUUUACAGUAUUGCUCACAUUGAUCAUCGGUCUUAACCAUGCAAACGAGUUCAGUGAUAAACUAGCAGACCAAGAAGAAUUUAGGGGAGAGUCCGCCUUAGCAUCAUCCUGGGCGGUCGAGUCAAUUGUGUUUUUGAUAUAGUCAUGUCAAACGAAACGUGUAUCUCAACGAUAAUCGAAUCCAAAACAGUAAGUCAUUGAAUUUUAUCUAUGAAAAACGCGAGCUAAAACAAGUUUGAAGGACGUAUUUUUACAUCAAAAGGUCGCUGAAAGAGGAUAUACCCGUUAUUUUUUGCAUUUUCUCAUGAACAGCUUCAUCGUCUCAGCACUGAAGCAGAUAAUUUUGUAGAUAGUCGUUAAGGUUACAAAUUUCGGGAAUUUAACUGAAUAAAUUAUGGGUUAAAAAACACUAUAGUUCAACAAACUUCUCCAAACUCGAAAAAUAACCAUUUCUAGAAUGGCAGUUUAUUGUACUUUUCUAGUGCAGGUCAGGGGUCGGGAAAUCCGAAUCUGAAGUCAGAUUUUCAAAAUUUUGAGUUUUAUUUUUUCGGUCAAGGAAAUCAUUUUUUGAGAAAAUCUUGAUAUUCUAUAAAGGUUGACAAAAUGAAGUCCGGGUGGGGAAAUCCGAAUUUGAAAUCGAGUUUCUUGGGAAUUUCGAGUUCGAUUUCUUUAUCAAUGAAAGACCUUUUAUGGAAAGUAAUGACUUUCCCGUAACUGAAGGCUGAAUCUUAUGUGAAAAAUUGAAUACAUCGGUAGAACAAGAAUGUAUGGACAUGUGAGUAGGGGUGACACUUUCACUUUCUUUUUACUUUCAGAAAGAAAAGAUGAAAGUGAGGUCGCCUCCGUUUUCCAAAAAGGUGGAAAAAGAAAGUUAGAAAACCUUCUUUUUUUGCUUUUCAUUUUGUUAUAGAUUGAGCUAAAUUUGGUAUGUUUUCUAUAAAAGAAACACAAAAAGUAUUACAGAAAGUGAAAGGGGAUGGGUGUAUGUGUCUGAGCAAAUGCAGUACUGACGAGUACAGCCAUACUCACACCUACACUCCCACCCAUACCCACCCCACGUCCACACCCUGGCGCCACCACUACUUCAUGAUAAGUUCUUUUGAAAAUAAAUAAAGGAAAGUACAUAUUUCCAUUGAAUUUUUUAACACCAUUCUUUUUUAGUUUAUUCAAUAUUCCAGAAAAAUCAAUAGAGAAAAACGAAUUGUUGAAUAUCAUAAUGAUCUUUAAUGUCUAUUUGUGAGGAUACAUAAGGAAUCAGAAAUCAAAGCCACAGAGAAAAUCUUGAUACAUCAGCAUGACUUCGACAAUUAGGAAAACGAGUUUGAACCAUUGAAUGAUAAGCUUGUGCUUUUUCAUAAGAAAUUACAUCAUAAAUAUCAAGAAAGACCAAGUGUUUUAAUUGUUCUACUAAUUGACAAAGAUCUUGUUCAAAAACAGUGACCUGUUGAGCUAAAUAAAAAGGGUUUGUAUUUUCUCUUCUGAAUUAUUCCAUUUACAAACCGAUCGAUGCAGAUGUGUAUAAAAAUUUCAUCCAUCAUUGAUGUAUGACCUUGUGAAAAUAUCCUUCUGGUAGAUCUGGUCGCACUUAAACAAACAAAACAGCAAGAGAAUAAUAUAAAUCCGAACUUAAGACAAACGAUUUCUAAAUUAUAAAUGUUGUACAGAGAAAAACCAUAUUGAACAUGAAUUGUCUCAUUUAUCAUAAUGUAUCAUAGAAACCUCUAUAUAUCGAUCAUUUUCUCUUUUUAAUCAUUUUAUUUUAUCUAACAAAUGUGCUGUAGAAAUCAAUAGAUAAGGACAAAUUUUUAAGUGCAAACAAUAUUUUGAAAUAUAAAUUUAUUAUCUUCUCUUAUUUUCGGAUACUCGAAUAGCAAUGAUACAAUUGUUAAAAUUAGGAAAACAAAUAACAAUAUCAUUCUCAAUCUUAAUUCUUUUUUUACAAAUAUAUAAUCGAUAUUUAGAACAGUCAUAUGAACAAAUGACGAGAACAUUAUUAUUAGGAAUUUAUAUAUUCAAUUAACUAAUUUGACUAUCUUAGAUAUAGUUUAAAUAUGAAGUUUUACAUGUAAAAUUUAUAACAAUAAAUAAAAACAAUAUCCUUCAUGUAGUUCAGUCUAUAAUAAAAAAAAAGAUAAAUAUCUUCAUAUAUCUCAGUUAUAUUUAGAAAGCAAUCUAGAAUAAUAUAAGACUUUUUGUUAUGAAGCUCAAUAUACGUAUAUUUUUCGAAGAAAAAUGGUAAAUACAUUCUCCAAAAAAACGAGCACAAACAGCAAAUAAGUAACGAGUACUAUAGUCUUGUGCAUAUUAAGUUGUUUAAACUAAAAGUCGAUUUGAUUUGACUGAUGAGGGUAGAUCAUCAACUGUUCAAUCGCUUUUAAGCCGAGACUAGUAGUACUAAGGCCACUUGAUAAGAUUUUGAGUCAGUAACAUCGAAAUAAUCUAUUAGGUUAUCGUGGUAACUUAUAACACACCCACACCCACUCACACCCACACCCACACCCAUACCCACAUAUAUACCCACACUUAAACAGUCUUUCCACUCUUCACACC